GCACGCUCAGCUCGAUCGCCACCGCCGGCGCUCGCUAGUAGGCUCUCUGUGUUUCUUCUUCAUUCAUCCACCUACCUGUCGCUAACUUCAUUUGUUGUGCAAACGUUUCCGUCAUCCAGCUUGCAGAGGUCGAAAUAAACCGUGUCAGGUUUGGCGCUUAAAUUCAUUAGUAGGAUCAGUGUUCAAUUCAGACAGUAUUAGGUCAUGUUUAGUUCCCACAAAUUUUCCUACAAUAUCUAUCACAUCGAAUCUUUGGACAUAUACAUGGAAUAUUAAAUGCAGUUAAAAAAUAACUAAUUAUACAGUUUAACUGUAAAUGACGAGAUAAUUUUUAAGCCUAAUUAAUCCAUGAUUAGACAUUAAUUACCAAAAAAUAAUGAAAGUGCUACAUUACCUAAACCUAAAAAUGUUCGCGAACUAAACAAUUGCCAAAUAACCAAUACUCCCUCCGUCCCAAAAAAACAAGUCAUUCUGGGAUUCAAAAUUUGUCCCGAAAAACAAGUCACUUUACCCUAUUUAGAAAGUGCAUGUACAUGUAAGAAUCAAUUACUACUAAAUAUGGGUAACAAAUAGGUGUAAACAUGGUCAUUUUACCUUCUAGUAAAUUUGUCCUAAAAUUUUUAGAAUGACUUGUAUUUUGGGACGAGAGGAGUAUGUCAGGAACAAUCGAUAUUUUUUCUUUUUUAGGGAAAAUAUUGUUUUUCCCUUUAAAAAUCUGUCUCUUCCACAGUUCGUCAGUUCCUGUGCUACGACAAGGACAGCGAGCGCGAGAUCUGGCUGUGGUAGAUAUUUGUUUGCUUCGUCUAGAGAUUAGAGGACGUAUACAACUUCUCGUCCACGUUCAUGGCGUAUUGGCGUCGACCUCUUGCCGAUCGUGCCAUCAUGUCGACAUGUUCAUCCCAUCGUUCGUUGUCUGUGGUAGGUUUCGGUCGACAAGCCAAUAACCAUCCCUGUUUUAAUGCACGACGACGAACCUUCACGAUCAUGUCGACAUGUGUGUUUUUUCUUUGGGGAAAAAAAAUCAGAGCAACUUAUUGCUUGUUAGCUACAGUAACAUUCACUUUGAACAAUUUGGCUACUAAAAAUGGACUACUUGUGUUUAGAUUUUUUUUUUUGAACUCCUGUACCGAAACGAGGACUCAAAACCGGAUAGUUAGAUUACACCAAAAGAAACAUCAACAUAUUUUGAUUUUUGGACUGAACUGUUCUGCUUUAUACAAACUUUGUAAAAGAGAUAUGCUGAUGUAUCGAGGCAAACUCGGCAAUAUAAAAUGAGCUAAAAACAUGAUCAUCCCUCAUAUAUAUGAGCUACAAUCCAAUAACAAAAGAAUCAUUUAAUAGUGUUUCGCAAAAAAAAAGAAUCAUUUGACAAAACCAAACUUGAGUUUCUGACACUCUGACAGGGAGGAGACACCGAAUGGGUGACGGUGAAGUACGGCUGGACAAGCCCGUCCGUCGAUGACUGGAUCGCCGUUUUCUCUCCAGCUGAUUUCAUCUAGCCGAGAUCUUCAAUGGCUGACACCUCAUGCAUGGUCGUCAUGGAUUCAUGGUGUGGCAGCUCGGGCACGUGCCCUAACCCUGCGAGAGACCCACCGCUCCUCUGCACGGCUCCUAUCAAGUAUCAGUAUGCCAAUUACUCGGCGAACUACAUCUAUUGGGGCAAGGGCAGCGUCCGGUUCCAGCUCAUCAACCAACGCUACAACUUUUCCUUCGCCCUCUUCACCGGCGGUCUCGAGAACUUCAAUACGCCGUCUCAUUGCAUCGAGAUCCAUGCAGCCGAAGCUGAUCGCGGUGUCGGAGCCGAUCUCGUUCAAGAACCCCAAGGCGCCCGUGUUCCCGCGCCUCGCGCAGGGCAAGACCCACGACGAGAUGGCUGUGACAUGGACCAGCGGCUACGACAUCAGCGAGGCGUACCCGUUCGUGGAGUGGGGCGCGGUCGGCGGCGGCCAGCCCGCCGCGCGGUCGCCCGCCGGGACGCUCACCUUCAGCCGCGGCAGCAUGUGCGGCGAGCCGGCGCGCACCGUCGGGUGGAGGGAGCCCGGCUUCAUCCACACCGCGUUCAUGAGGAAUCUCUGGCCGAACAAGGAGUACUACUACAAGAUUGGGCACGAGCUGCAGGACGGGUCCGUGGUGUGGGGGAAGCCCUACACGUUCCGUGCUCCGCCGUCGCCGGGGCAGAACUCGCUGCAGCGCGUCAUCGUCUUCGGCGACAUGGGAAAGGCGGAGAGGGACGGGUCGAACGAGUUCGCGAACUACCAGCCGGGGUCGCUGAACACGACGGACACGCUGGUCAAGGAUCUGGACAACUACGACAUCGUCUUCCACAUCGGCGACCUGCCCUACGCCAACGGCUACAUCUCCCAGUGGGACCAGUUCACUGCGCAGGUCGCGCCCAUCACCGCCAAGAGGCCCUACAUGAUCGCAAGCGGCAACCAUGAGAGGGACUGGCCCAACACCGGAGGCUUCUUCGACGUCAAGGACUCCGGCGGCGAGUGCGGCGUGCCGGCCGAGACCUACUACUACUACCCGGCGGAGAACCGGGCCAGGUUCUGGUACAAGGUGGACUACGGCAUGUUCCGGUUCUGCGUCGCCGACUCGGAGCACGACUGGCGGGAGGGCACGCCGCAGCACGCGUUCAUCGAGCGGUGCCUCUCGACGGUGGACCGGAAGCACCAGCCGUGGCUCGUCUUCGCGGCGCACCGCGUGCUGGGCUACUCCUCCAACGACUGGUACGCCAUGGAGGGCUCCUUCGAGGAGCCCGAGGGCCGCGAGAGCCUGCAGAAGCUCUGGCAGAAGUACCGCGUCGACAUCGCCUUCUUCGGCCACGUCCACAACUACGAGAGGACCUGCCCCGUCUACCAGAGCCGGUGCAUGACCAGCGAGAAGAGCCACUACUCGGGGACGAUGAACGGGACCAUCUUCGUGGUGGCCGGCGGCGGCGGCAGCCACCUGUCGGACUACACGACGGCGAUCCCCAGGUGGAGCAUCUUCCGCGACCGGGACUUCGGGUUCGUGAAGCUCACGGCGUUCAACCACUCGUCGCUGCUGUUCGAGUACAAGAGGAGCAGCGACGGCAGGGUGUACGACUCCUUCACCGUCGACAGGGACUACCGGGACGUGCUCAGCUGCGUGCACGACAGCUGCUUCCCGACCACGCUAGCCACCUGACCUGACAACCGUACGUCGCCGUGCUGGGUGCCGCGAGUAGUAGGGUGGUGAUGUCUUGGUCUUGUAGCUGAGCACGAUCAGGAACGUGUGUUGUGUAACGAGUGAUUCGAUUGGCUGUGUCUCUUUCAUCCCAAAAAAGGCUGCCUCUCGGUGACGUGGCAAUUGUUUUCAGUAGCUUCUGCAAUCGUCAUUGGCACUUGCCCAGCGACUGGUCAGUGAUCUUUAUUUUUUACUGUCAGAGAUGUGGCCUAAUGUUUUCAUUAGGAAGUGAUUUUUUUCUUAAAAAAA